UUGUAAUGUUUGUUAUUGCCACUUUUGCUUAGACAUCUGGGAGCGGGGAGAAAGGAACCUCCCAUUUCUGAAAACAGGAAAGUGAAACUCAUCUCACCUCCAGCCUCCUACAGCAAACAUCAUGGCCGCUGCAAAUCCAGCAAAGAGUCUCCAGGAUGAAGCUACGUGCUCCAUCUGUCUGGAUUACUUUCAGGAUCCUGUGAUGAUCAUCGAAUGCGGGCACAAUUUCUGCCGAGCCUGCAUCACCAAGCACUGGAAAGGAUCCGAUUGCAGUGCCUCCUGCCCGGAAUGCAGGCACUUGUUUUCCUGGAAGAAUCUCAAACCGAACCGACAACUGGGGAAUAUGGCAGAAACAGCCAAACAGCUCAGCUUGCAGCUGAACAUCGGCUCAGAAACCCAGGAAAGCGUGUGCAAGGAGCACCAGAAGCCACUGACUCACUUCUGCACAACUGACGAGACCCUGAUUUGCACCACUUGCCUGAGGUCCAGAGCACACCGGAGUCAUACAGUUGUUCUCAAAGAAGCUGCUGCUGCACUGUACAAGGAGAAGCUUCGGGGACAUCUAGAAAAUCUGAAGAAACAAAGAAGCAAGGUUCAGUCAGUUAAAUCAUAUGGAGAACAGCCAAGCCAGGAGUUGUUGAAGGAAACCCAAGCCAAGAGGCAAGAGAUUGUGUCUGAAUUCCAACAACAGCGGCAGUUUUUGAAUGUACAAGAGCAGCUACAGUUGUCCAAGCUCAGAGACCUGGAAAUGGAGAUUGAGAGGAAAAGAGAUGAUUAUGCCAGCAAGUUUGAACGUGGAAUAACUUACUUCACUGAUCUGAUUGGUGAACUGGAAAAGAAGAAUGAACAACCAGCGAAUGAGUUCCUGCAGAAUAUUGGAAGUGUGUUGAACAGGUGUAAUGUGGGAAAAACUCAGUAUCCAGCUGUACCUGAUUCUUCAGACACAAAGAAAAGGUUCAAUCAGUUCUGUCAAGAGAGCACCUCUCUGCAGAGUUCUUUCAGGAAGUUCAAAGAGAACAUGAUGAAACCAAAAUGGAUCAAAGAAAAUGUGUUCCUGGAUCCAGACACAGCCCAUCCCCGAUAUGUUGUGUCUGCAGACUGUAAGACUGUAAGAUGGGGAGAUGUGCGUCAGCAAUUCCCCUACAACGGAAAGCGAUUUGAGUGUGUUCGUGGUGUUCUUGGAUGUGAGGGAUUCACUUCAGGAAAACAUUAUUGGACUGUGGAUGUAGGGGAUGGAGAUUAUUGGGCUGUGGGAGUGGCCAGAGAAUCUGUGGAGCGGGAAGAGGAAAUUGAUCUUGAACCUGAUGAGGGAAUCUGGGCAAUUGGGUGUUACAGUGACCAGUACAAAGCUCUGACCUCACCUCUUACCUUGCUGGAGGUAGAUGAAGAACCAGCAGAGAUUCAGGUUUCUUUGAACUACGAAGGGGGGUCAGUUACUUUUUAUGAUGCUGAAGAUAAGACCCGUCUGUAUGCCUUUCAAUCGGUUGAUUUUGAAGGAGAGAAAGUUUUCCCUUUUUUCCGGAUUGUUGAUUCAUCAACUGUCCUGAAGUUGUAUUCUUAAAACACAAGAUAGUGCACUGCCAUCAUUGAGAAGAGAUUGAGCUGAACACGGAAAGUUGAUUUAGGGGUGCUUUUUUUAAGGCAGCUUAGUUUUGAAGGAAAAAAAUGUGACAUUUAGGAUCACUUAGAUUUAGAAGUUGAAAUCCUGCAUGGGAGGAUCUGAUGCUGUCAGAAAUGGGAAAUACCUAUAUAUCUCUUCCUGAGGGCUUUCCACUCACCCUGUCAUGAAAACAGUGAUUGAUUCCCUGCAUGUGGAAUCUGAGAUCUUAUUCACUUGUGACUCCUCUCCAGACUCCCCGCACAUACACAGGAAUGUGCUCUUGUCCAAGUCUGAGUUUAUUGAACAGGCAGGUUAACCAGCAAUCAAGGCAAAUUCCCAGAAACAGACAGCCACAGCACAAAGCCCUGGGUUUCACUCAGGGUGACCAACACAGAUAUUUACCCAAUCUUACAAGUUGCUAUGGAUUAAACAGGGACUAUCUGAACAUAGUGGACACUCAGAGAAGAACAUACCCUCAGCAAUGGUGGCCACCCUUCUUGUACUUUUCUUGCGGCAUAUACCCCAUGGGAUAUACCCCAUGGGAUUCUUGUACAUCACUCUAUCUAGUGGUCUCAGAAACGACAUUCUAUUGUGUAUAUGCUAUAAUAGGGCUUUAUUCUUCUUUCUAGCUACUGGCCUUAGCUCUCAGAUAAGGUCUCGCUCCCUUCUGCCUGCAGCUUGUGUCUCUGACAGCAUGUUUCUUGAAAGAGAAUGGAUUUUUUUGGAUUCUUAGAGAAACAGAGAAAGGCCUAAUAGAAAGAACAAAGAUGGCUAUACUUUGGACGAUAGAAAUGCUUGGGACAACUCUGGGUUGGUUUUUUUCUAACAAUGCCAGUCCACAAAUGUUUAUGCUAGAAUAAAAUGUUGGUCUUCAACAUAGUGCAGAACUCCUGAUAGUUCUUAACUUAUCAGUAGCCAAUCAGCAUGGAUUAGUUACCACUAUUAUUAGUUAUUUUUCACCUUUUUGGAUACAAGGCCUGAAUUACUUGAUAAAAAACACAUUCCUAGCUGGUGAUGUGAAGUCCAUCAAGAGAGCUUGCUAUGAGUAUUGACUAAUGCAAAUAAUGAUGGGCAUUACAGUGAUGUAAAAGAGUUUUUGAAAAGUUUACCAUUCCAUGACAGUUUCCCUCUUACCUUUUUUGGAGCUAUAGAGGUUUCAUAUCCCAUGAGUCAUUGUUAAUUAUAUCGAGGAAGUUGUAGAAGCCAUUAUUUUGGAAGAGGACUACAGAGACAGAUGGUUAGAUGGUAGCAUAAUGAAAUGUUCUAAUCGCUAUAGACUAGGGGUCUGCAACCUGUGGCUCUCCAGAUGUUCAUGGACUACAAAUCCCAUCACAGGUUGCAGACCCUUGCUAUAGACCAAAAAUAUGUGACAUUAUUGUGGAAUUCUUGAUUUAGUGACUGUUCUAAAUCAAUAAGUCGUGAAAAGACUCCUUGUGGUAAGUGUUCUCUUAUAAACCUAAGCAGGGGAGGCCAACCUAUGGCGCUUCAGAUGUUCAUGGACUACAAUUCUCAUAAGCCCCUGCCAGCAUGGCUAUGCUGGCAGGAGCUGAUGGGAAUUAUAGUCCAUGAACAUCUGAAGUGCCAUAGGUUGGCCACCCCUGAAAGGUAUCUGAGGGCCCUGAGAAAACUGUGAGAUAGUAACACAAAAUAGUUUUGGUUUAUGCUAAACUUGUGAGGUUUGUUUAUAAUGAGUUAUCAGGAGAGGGAUUUAGAUAUCGUUUCUCAGACCUGGCUCUCUAUGGGUAAGAAAUCAGAAGCUGAACAAUAGAACAGGUUAUUGUUGUUCUUGAUGAAGCAUAUCGAAAUAUGUUUUGAUCUUUUGUUCAAAUAAGGAACUGCUGUUUCAUUGUGAUGUCUCAUUUCUAACUCUUGAAUGUAUAUAUUGUUUCAUUAUACUUCUUUAGCAUUAAUUGAAUUCUAACAGCCUCAGGUCUGACAAGUUUCCACUUGUAAAGAAUCAUUCCAUGGCCGGUGUUCAUUCUAAUAUGGGUAUUGGCACCCUAAUAUAUUCAAUUCUAAGAUAAUCUUGCUUAAUAUUAAUUGGUAGCAUUUUGGGAUACUGGGAUUUGCCUGGGGACCAUAGGGGAAAAUUGAAAUAUAUUAGACAUGUUUACUCAAACAGCUGCUUUUAUUGGAGCCUGCUGUAGCAAAACCUUCUCAUAAAAACAUUGUAUUGCUUGUUGGCAUUGUAACCUGUUGUAUUUUUCUCCUUAUACUCCAUGUAAGCAUUAGAUAUAUCUAUGAUUUAAUGUCAUUGAACUCUUUCCAUCAUAUAAAAGUGCCUUCAAUGUUUGAA